AGACUCCCUCCAGAUUUUUUUUUUAAGUCUAAUUAUAGCACAAGCCAAUGAGCAGAUCCGCUGCUCCCCUCCCAGACCCUGCCUAGCGAGCGGGGCUGGGCUGCAACAGCAAGAGCGCCCGGCGCCCUCCCUGAAGGCAGGCGGCGGGAACGCGAGCGCAGCUGGUCGCGGGGUUCGGACGUGCGAGGCUGCUCAGCUGGUGCCGGCGUUCGGAGGCGGCAGCGCUCGGUGCCCGAGCGGACUAAGACCCUCCCAGUCUCCUGCGGCUCGCAACUUCGCCAGGGGCCGGUCCCGCUCCUGGGCACUAAUUAGCGGGGGGCGCGCUGCGGUCCCUGGCUUGGCUCUGCCCCUGGGGGGAAUGUGGAAAUGGCCGGUGACAGGAGCCCUGGGGUCUUGAGCCGGCAGCGUUUCGGGCUCUUGCUGCUCGCUGCGGCGGCGGCGGCUGCUGGGCUGUGCGGCGGGGUCUCUGCAGGCAAGUCUCCCAGCUGCCACGAAGUGAGGACGGCGUUUCAGAUCCGGCAGAUCGGCCCCCUCAAGCUGGUUCCCGAUGUGCCCACUGCUGAAUCGGAUUUGCAGAUCUGCCAGCACAGAGCACCAACCUGUUGCACUAAAAAGAUGGAAGAAAACUACCAGACAGCUGUUCGGAGAGAGAGGACUCAAAACAUCCAGGCCUUGAACUUUGAACUGAAAUAUAUGAUAGUUGGUCAUAUCACAGCUUUUCAAGAGGCCUUUGAGUCAUUGCUUCGCUUUGCAGAGAAUCACACAACCUCCCUGUUUGAGACAGCUUACAGAGCCAUGGCAAAAGAAGCUGCAGAGCCUGUCAAAGAACUUUUUACAGACCUGUCUCUAUAUAUUUUGGGUGCUGAGACUACAGUGGAAAAUGCAGUUUUACGGUUCUUCGACAGUCUCUUUCCUUUGGUUUACAGUCGGCUAAUAAACCCUGGAAUUAUAGAUUUAUCAGAGGAAUAUACCGAGUGUCUACGACUAACAAGACAAGACAUAAAUCCCUUUGGACGUUAUUCUAACGAAGUGGUUACAGAGCUGUCAAAAUCUCUUUGGGCAAGUAGGAUGCUAAACCAGGCCCUCAAUUUGGGCAUUGAAGUGAUAAACACAACUGAACAUGCAGCUAUUACAAAGGAAUGUAGCAAAGCGCUCGUGAAGAUGCAGUACUGUCCACAUUGUCAAGGACUGACACUAAUCAGACCUUGUGUGGGAUAUUGUCUAAAUGUAAUGAGGGGCUGUUUGGCCAGUGUGUCAGAGCUGGAUACUCAAUGGAGGGAGUAUAUCUCCGCACUGGAAUAUCUGACUAAUGAAAUGGCUGGGUCGCAUGAUCUGGAACUUGCACUUCUGGGAAUCAGGAAUUCAAUCAAUGAAGCCAUCCUGCAUGCACAAUUGAAUGGGCCACAACUCUCUGCCACAGUUGACAAAGUGUGUGGACAGCCCCAAGAAAGAGAAGCAAAACCUUCACCAGAUAAUAUAGUGCAAGCAAAAGACAUGGCUGAAACCCAGGCUCUCACGAUGGCUCACUCUGCUAAUCUAAACAAUAAAAGGAGUUCUCUGCCUCUGAAAGCUUCAAAGAAUGACAAAUCCAGAAGUUUGAAAAAAAUCUCUCGAGAGUUCAUCAACUACAUGAAACGAUCCCGAACCUUUUAUGCCUCUAUAGCAGAAAGGCUGUGUGAUGGGGACCUGGUGAUGCGGGACAGCUCGACUUGCUGGAAUGGAGAGGAUGUUGUGGAAAGUUACACCAGCAGAGUUGUUUCCAAUGGACUUAAGGCACAAAUUAAUAACCCAGAAUUGAAAGUCAAAGGAUUAGACCCUCUCAUCAGUCAUUUAAUUGACAGACUUCAUCAUUUUAACCAGCUGGAUACAGAGAAGACAAAAUUGAAGUUGGAACGUUGGGCUUCCAGGGAAAGUGGCAGUGGGGGCUGGAAAAGUGAAGCAAUGGAAUCAAGCGGGGACUGUGAUGAUGAGGAUGGAUGUCAAGGAUCUGGUGACAGAAUUCACACAGCAGAUGUACUCAAAGAAAAGAAGGCCUAUUCAGGAGAUAGGAAUGAACCAAAACCAACUGUGAAAAAGAUUGACACCACGGCCACCAUAACCACAACCAAGUCAUCUUCUAAACAUGAUCUAGCCGGAAAUGUGGGCAAUCUAGCCUCAAGUUCGUCACUCUCCAUUGUAACGGCACUAGCGAUUUUGUGGCACUGUCUGUCAUAGCUGCGUUGUAUUGCAACAACUGUCCAAGAAUUUCUGUCCAUUAUCAUUUAUACCUACAGCCUUACCCAAUGGAAAACAAAAUUAAAUGGCUCUCUACGAUUAGAUGGGGUAUGUUAGAAUGAAUGCUAAAGAAAAGGCUGAGAUUGGCUGAUUGUGAUUGUCAGCCCUGACACUGUAUCUGAAGAAGGUCCUUGAUCAUAUCUUAUCAACUCAAGAUAUAAAGGGAAUGAUGACAGGGGAUCUGAGUAGUUUAAGUUAUUGGAGUAGAAAUAAUCAACACUAAAAUUGUAAAUUACUGUGUUGGCAUUUUUACCAUUUUUCUCACUGGGUAAUCUCACUGGUUGUUUCUGUUUGUUAAAUUCUUGUGAUAAAUUCAAAUGAAUGAUCAUUCUUCUGGUGCAAGUUAAUACGUACGGUAUUUCUCUAGUGAACAGCUAAUAACCUAAAUCUACAGUGGUGAACCAUGUCAAGUGAAGUACUCUCUACUAGUUUCAUAAUGUUCCUAAGUGGCCAAGAAGAUAAGAGCAUGUUUGACCCUUUUGUUUUCGCUCUUACUGUUUAGAUUUUAGGACACAAUAUAGAAAAGCAUAUGGUAUGUCUGUAAUGUAUCAAUAUAGUUGCCUUUACCAUUUAAAAAUUUUUUUAGAAACACUUAACGUUUCCCUGCUGCACAAACGUUUCCCUGCUUCAUUACCAUAUGCUCAAAGCUUACUGGAUGAAUGUCUGACAAAAGGAACCAUAAGUAAACACUAUAACGUUUUAAUCAGCUGAAUGCAGUUAUAUAUGAAAAAAGCUAAUUUAGUUCAAACAUAUUUUACCUGUUUCCUGUUGGAGAGGACCUUGUUUCCAUCUAGGUGUCAGAGAUAUAAAGUGUUUGGAUUCCUCCCACCCAAAAAGUGGUCUCCAUGAAUUAUAGACCUCUAUAGUACAAUAUGCUUCAUAAACCGUGUAUUAUUUAAUUAUGUUUACUAUUUUAAAUUGUGCUAUCACAGUAGAAGUAAAUGUAAAACAAUCUGAAAUCUAGAACAACAUUCUCAGUCAUUUCUCACUUUGAUUUUCUAUACUAGACAGUGUCAAAAUCUUCAUUUUAUUCUGAUGAGAGUUUUUGAUUUAAAUCAAGGAAACACUGAUGUGUUUUAAAACUAUGAUGGAAAGGUACUAGGAUGUAAUUAGAUGCGUUGAGAACUAAUAUGUGUAUUUUCUGACAACUGUAUUUAUAGUGCCAUUGAAAAUAUAUACAUACGAUACAGUAUGAGUACAGUGAUUACUGAUAAAUAUAUGAAGUAUUGGGAUUGUUAUCGCAUUUACUUAAUUUCGUAACCAUUUCCACCAUUUAAUGGCCAUUUUCAUGCUGCAGGCUAUGAUGAUAAUUAUGACGUACUGUUUUAUAAGAUUUAAUGUAAAGACAUUUGCCUUUAAUUUUUUUGGGAGGGGGAGGGGGAAGGGAGUAAAACAUCUCUUUCAGCACUUAGAUUUAUACAAGCACUGACAUUGAUUCAAGAGACGAACCAUAUAUCAUAUCAACCAAGUUCUGGGUGUGAUAGUAUAGAAUAGGAGGGCAAGAUGUCAUUGUACUUGUGUGUGUUUAUGUGGUAUUAGCAAAAAUUACUAAUUAGCUACAUAUUUGCAUAGUAGGGAUUUGAUAUUUUUGCAUUUGGUCUUUAAAAAUGUGUAACAAAAUUUUAACAAAGGUGGCACGUGAGCUGAUUUUCAGUGGCACUCACACUGCCGGGGUCCCGGGGGGCUCUGCAUUUUAAUUUAAUUUUACAUGAAGCUUCUUAAACAUUUUUAAAACCUUAUUUACUUUACAUACAACAAGAGUUUAGUUAUAUAUUAUAGACAUAUAGAAAGAGAGCUUCUAAAAACGUCAAAAUGUAUUACUGGCACGCAAAACCUUAAAUUAGAGUGAAUAAAUGAAGACUUGGCCCACCACUUCUGAAAGGUUGCUGACCCCUGAGCAAAAGCAUACACAUAUAGAAACUGAAAGUGGUCAAGACAAGCAGAAUAGCAUUCCAGUUUUUUUAAUGCUGGAAAAACAAUCUGGCACCACCAAGACAAAAAGGAACAAGAUGCUUAGAGUAUUAUCAUGAAACAUUUAGUGUUAGAAUUCUGACUUUUCAACAUGUUAAUGAGUUAAUACCAUUAAGUAGUGAGUUCACACUGUAUUAAUGAGAAUGAAUCUUGCAAACAUAGUAUGAAAGUUGCUGUAAUACAAUUUUUCAGAGUUCACUGAUACAGUAAGUGAACAGUACCAGCCUAUCCAGGCAUACAGUAACAUUGCCAUUUAUGCACAUUUUUACAGCCCUUGAGUGCUUUUAGAAAAGCGUACAUUCACAGGGGCAGUUAUGCAAGCUGUUCCUUUUGUACCUUGAAGUGAUUUUCUAAUUCUUUACAGUUUCACAGGACUAGAUGGGAUACCUGCCUUUACACAGCUGUAUCCGUGAUUAGGCACCUAAAUAUGAGCAAUGGUUACCCAAAUACUGAUUCAGACACCUAGGGUGAGAUCCUCUGCUGGUGUAAAUCAGCAAAGCUCCACUGAAGUCAUUCACAGAUGUACACCAGAAGAGGAUCCGGCUGUUAAGUCAGUAUUUUCAUAGUUGGGACCCUAAAAUCAACAUUUAGGUGAGUAUAUCAGCACUCGAAUAUCUCAAAUAUGUAUUUAGGUGCCAAAAUAUGGAUCUGAGUGUCUGUGUUUUGAAAUUGGCUCUCCCAAAUUCCAGAUGUGCAACUUCUAGUUUGUGAGAGUUUGAACAUCCACAGCAUACCGGAAUCUGCUUUUUGAGAAUUGCUGUAAGAGUUAUUGUACUACUGGAUCAGACCACAGCGAUUCAUCUAACCUAGUAUCAUAUAACCAAGAGUGGCCAGUACCAGUGCAUCAGAGGAAGGUGCAAGACACCCUGCAGUAGGCAGUUAUGAAAUAACCUGCCCAAAGAGAAAUUUUCUUCCUAAUCCCCAUUAGCUAGAGGUUGGUGUAGAACCUGAAUCAUGAAGAUAAAAUAAUACUGCACAAACUGUAGGGAGAGAGAUUCAUCAACUCACUUCAUUGGAUUCAACCCAUAUUUUAAUAAAUACAAGAUGGGUACAAGGGAGGAAAGGGAGAAAAAGAUACUAUGGAGAGCUCAACAUCAAUACUUUUCACAUUAACAUAACUAGAAAAUCUCCUACUGCAUUUAACACUUUAAAGAGAGUAAAGGUCAAACUAGCAUGUAACAUGUUCGUAGUGUACAUCAGAAAUAUGCGGCAGCUCUAAAGACAUAUUGUAUCUAACACAUUAUGAAGCAUUUUUCUUCACAGGUGAGUUGGAGCUGAGUAGAGGAAUAUUCUUCAUUAGGUAUCAAAUUCACAUCCAAAUAAGGCAAAAACAACUGACCAUAUCCUACAAAGGAAGUAUAUCUUUUCAGAUACAAAAUGAGAUGUAAACAUAGUUUUGCCAAGCAAUUAGGAAUUUUAUUUAGCCAGUGCUAUUUUAUGUGUGUUGUUUUGAUAUCUAUUUUUAGUAUUUUGCAAUAUCCGGUGUUUGUGAAUGCAAAAACUGCCACAUCCAGAACUUGCUCAUUUGUGGGUUAAAGUGAGUCUGCUGAGGGUUUUGUUUCUUUUGUUGGAGGUUUUUUUCCAUAGUGAUGUGUACUUCUGAACAUACAGAGCAAAAUUGUCCUAUGUGGUGUCACCACUUUGCACUGCACCACUAACCUAUCUUGGGCCAGGGAGCGUCACCAGAAUGUAAAGGUUAUUCUCCUGUUAGGGAGGAUCAUUCCUGUAUAAGGGAGAUGCUCCUGAUAGCAUUGAGCCAGCAGAGAGGUUUGUAUGUCAUUCUCCCUCCGGGCAGAGAGAAAAGUGGUUGGGGUUGUUGGAGGAAAUGAUACGUGGCUGAGAUGCCUUGCUGAUCCCCAGCUGUGUUCUCAACCUUGCUGGGGCUACUCAAGCCCUUUUGAAGUGAGAGCAGCCUGAAGGUACAGGGAGAGUGGCCCUGCGAACAGUUGCAGCAGGAUUUGCAGAUUGCAAAGGUACAUAUUAAGGGAACUUUAUGCUUAUAUGCCAUUACUUGCACUCUGUGCAAUUUAUUGCACCCCAGGAUCUGGCUCAUAGUUUCUAGCCUACAUAUUGCAACAGUGAGCCCUAUUUUCAAGUACACAAGCUAUUGUGUCAUUGCAUAGAGAAAUUUAGGACUGGCUCAGUAAUGAAUCUUUAUAGGUACAAAUAGUAUCUGUCUGAGCUCUAUGAGGGCUGCACAGCAAUAAUUAUCUACUGCCACAUUUGUUUCAAAAGAUUUGUGUAUGGGGAUCGGGUAAGAUUUCCAUUUCUCUCCAUAUGCUACAUCUGGUCUGUUGUUAACAAAAGUUCAUUUUCCCUAUGUGUGUCACUACAUGAAACCUAUUUUAACAGUGUAUUUUGAUUUGAUUCUCCAAUCUAGAAUGUGUUUCCUUGUCAUUUAUCUUCUGAAAGUUUAUAGAGCCUUAUUUUAACUGUUACAAGCAUUAUAACCCUGGUUCAGCAAGCCAUCCUUAUUUAGCACAGCACAUGCUUACCUUUAAGUAAGUCCCAUUCAUAUCAAUGGAACUUAAGCACUUGUUUAAGUCUGGUAACUGAAUAGGAAUGGACAUCAAUAAGCAAAGCUCAGAGUUGGGCUGAAAUUGGCUGAAUUGCACAUAACUAAUACAUGGGUAAAAUUUCACUCCUGUACAGAGACCCCCCGUAUGCAUUGUUCAAAUAGCAGUCAAGCUGUGCAUAAGCCUUUGCUCAUCCUCUCUGCACAGAGGCAGAUUUCACUCUGAAUAGGAAAUACAAUCUGCAGUAUAGUAUAUUUGCCAUCCUCUUUCACAAUAUCAUUGUUGAAAUUUCAAAUAAUCUAGGAAUAGUAGAUGCUUGAGCCACAUAGUGUCUGCUGCAACAUUGUGCUCUUAGGGUUGCUGCUUUUAGUGGCACAUGGCAUGUCUAUCAAUGAGCCGUGAAAGGGGGAUCAAAAGUUGGCUUUUUUAGAUGUGAUGUGCUCCCCUCAAAAAGAGAAACAAACAAAAAACCCCACACCUGCCACAGUGAUAAUGUUAGAUUAGCUAUUCCAUCUCCACAAAAGUCCAGAAUUCUUCCCAAUCAUGCAUUCUCCAGCAUUUUCUCCUGUCAAUUUCUAAUGAUUAAAUUUUAAUUUGGAUUAAAUAUUAAGAUACUAAAAAAGUUUUUAAAAAAUGCCCAAGAUAGAAAGUGGGUACACUUAAAAUUCAUUCUGGUUUUAGAGAUUAUAGAUUUCAGAAUGGUUUCCUGGACUUCAAAUGGGGAACACCGCUAGACUCACUAAUAUGUCGAGAACUGUACCAAAUUUUUUAAAUGCACCGAGAGUAUACCACAACAUAAUGUGUAUGUGAGAGUCUAAUUCACUGGACUCAGAAAGAAGUAUAGAAAUAAUGGGUGCAUUAGAUUUCUUACUUAUGAAAGCUAAUAUUUCUUACUUCUGAUCAAAGUGUGCCCCCUUUUUUGGAUUUUAUGGCCUGUAUUCACAUCCAACUUGCUCAAAUGUCUUUUGAAAGACAGCCUUGCCCCAAUGCUGCUCCAGUUCUGAGAGGAGACUCCAGGACACAGUUGAUAAGCCACAUUUUUGUGCCUGAGAUUAUUAUCAAGUCCUUACAAUGGCACAGUAUUCAACAUUCUGGGCUUUAUUAACAUAUCAGAAUGGCUGCUACACUACAGCAGUAUGAUUUUCAUUUAUAUAUGGACAUACACUAACUGAAAUCUAUUGGUGCUUUUUAUGCAAUACAGAAAGUACUUCAUUAGAUAGCAGGUAUCAACUGCUAAUGUUCUCAUAUCUGUGCAAAAUGCAUUAGUACUGCCUUGCACAAGUUCUACAGUUUGCACUUUAUCAUAAUAGUUAAUCUUUAGUAAAUUGCCCAAUACUUUGUAAUUAUAAUAUUAGCAUCUAAUUUAACACCAUCUUUAAAAAAUCAUUUGUUGCAUAAUAUAAGCAAUUAACAUUUAUUCACUUUGUCUGUAACAGGGGGAUAUAUAAUUUAUCCAUAAUGGCCUUUCUGUGCACCUAAUUAGUACAUGAUUGAAUUAUUCUACAAGCUAUGGAUAUUUAAUUUAACCAGUAAUAUACUGCUAGCUUUGCAAAUUCUUUGCAAAUAUACACUUUUAAAAUUACUUUGCAGCUAAGUAGAAAACAAUGUUUUCUUAUAUCUUCUGGGUUUACAUGGUAGGCUUUUAGGCUGCAAUACCAAGAAUAGGUACUGACAUUUUUCAUGCACUUUAAAAAUGGAAUUAGUCAGAUACCUCUUUUCCAUAAUUCAUUAUAGUAUAUCAGAUUUAUAGCCUGCUUUAUUCUGUAAUGAAAAAGAAAGCAAUGAGACAUCAAGAAGAUAUCUCCUAAUGAAAUUCUCUAUCUGCAUAUGCAUAUGUUAGGAAGUUCUGCUGAUUAGAGACUAUAUCAAAAGUGUUGCAAUACUGGAAUGUCAAGGAUAUGAUGUUAAAUUUGUGGAAAUUGGAUCAGGCUGAUUAAGUGACAUAAGUAAGUUUUUAGCUAGCUAUAUUUUCUAUUUAAAUGUGCAGUAAAUUGAGUGAGAUCACUUGGUCUUUCAAGAAAGGAGAUUUGAGACAAACUUUCCAGCAAGAAUGCCAACAUCAGACAUUUGAUUUACUUAUUUCAUAAAUGUCGUGGUAGCAGAAGUUCUGAGGCUUUUCCUCAGAGCAGAAGUUUGUGAGGCCGACUGUUAGGAAGGAGCCAGAUCCCCUCCACUGGCUUCAGUGGAGCUAUGCCAGUUUACACUGGCAAAGGAUCUGACCCAAGAACAUAAAAUCCUUCCCAAAGAGCAGAAUCUUAUUUCACUUACAAUUCUGAUCUUAUAUUAUGGAAAUUCAGAGUAACUCCAUUGACUACAAGUCUGGCUGUUUUUGGGUUUUCCCAUCCCUCACUAGAGUAUAUCAGCACCUUCCCCAUAAAAUCAAUAGCAAUAGCCACAUGGGGAUACUUAGAAAAAUUAAUCUGAAUUAUCUAACAGUGUGAAUUUAAAAUGGAUUCAAUUUUCUUGCAUUAAAUCCCUGUUUAGAACCUAAACCAAAUUAAAAUAAAUUUAUUUCUGAAUGAGAGUACCCACACAGGGUUUUAAUGCAGUUUAACUAAUCCACUUUAAAUUCACACCUUUAGUCAAUUCAGAUUACCUUUCCUGAGUGUCCUCUUGUAGACAAAUCCAUAGAAUCUCUGAUACUUCUCCCUUUUUGGGGUUAAAACUCAGCUUGGGAUAGGAGAAGCAGAGUAUUCAAAUUGUGAGCGUCACUCAUAGCAGAAAGUUUCUCUCAAAGAAGAUUUUGCAGCAUUGCCUAAAGACAGUCAGACUGAAUUUGCAUGAUCGCCUCUGGAAGAUUGUUCCAUAGCCAGAUCUACUCAACAAAGAAUAUUUUGUCCCCAGCGUUCAUAUACUUCAUCCUGGACUUUGUGACCUACGUUGUCCCAUAGGAGCACGAUGGUCACAGAUCCAAAUCUGGUGUAGCUGGGGUUUGCUCUAUUAUUGCUUUGAAAAGUAGGACCAAGGCCUGAUGUGCUCACAGCAGCCUAAACCAUGGAGAUGGUGGGCACCCGCAUUCUGUACCAGUUGGAGCUUGCUUAUCUUCACAUUGAACUUCAGAUACAAGGAGUUACAGUUAUCCAGCCAGGUUACAGUAAUCCAGCCUCGAGGUAACAAAUGCACAGAUCGCUGUGGCCAGCUCCUCAUCUGGGAGGGAGAGACAAAUUUUCCUAGCAAGCUGGAGGUGAAAAAAAGGCAUUUUUGGAAACUGAUAAUACCUGGUCCUCCAAGCUUAAUGAGGAGUCAAACAGGACCGUGGGGCGUGCACUACUUCAACAUGGAUUCCACUGGCUACAAUGAUUUACACUGGUACAACCUGCGAUCAGAAUCUGGCCUGAAAGAAGACUGUGUAUUAGGGGAAGGGUUUCAUUUAAAUAUGAAACUGAGUCAAAUUCUGCCCACUUAACAGGAAAGGGAAUGACUGUCAGGAAGGGGCCAGAUCCCCUCCACUGGCUACAUGGGCUAUUUUCUGUUUUUGAAAAGAGCGAUGAGACAACUCAUGCCCUAUGGAUGAUGAAACACCUACGGGCAAAACACUUAGACAAGUUUCAUAAACAGGACCCAAGAGAAGCAGUAAUAAGACUUUUCUUGUUGUUCUCUAAUUGGAAAAUAAAAACAUUCGUUUGACUGGAGCUUUGGUAAUUUCAUGUUAGCAAUGAAGAAUGGAUGGAACAUGUUCCCCUACUUUCCAGAUGUUUACUGGAAAAGGCUGUUGUAGCACCAAUACUAUAUAAGACAUUUAUUGUACCUCAUUUAUUAUAUGGGACAGUACUAGAAUUAAAAAUAGAAACCAGUAUACUAAACCUGCAAUAUACAACCUUUUAUUGUAUUUACUGUACUUAAAUAUAUCAAAACUAAUAUAGUAUUAAUGUUUACAAUACAUCAGGAGUAGAAGUUACAAUAAAAACUCCUGCUUUGUUAUUUAGGCCUUUAAAAUUAGUUUAUGGUUUCUUGGUCUUCUUUAGUUCACCUUCUUUUAUGGAAACUAAUAGGCCAUUUACGUUUUUAUUUUACAUUAAUUGUAUUGUGUGUAUUUUUAAGCUCCAAAGUAGAUUGUUUUGGCCCUAAGCUGCAUUCAAUAAGUAUUCAUACCAGCUGAGCACUUGUUUUAUUUUCAAAAUUUUUGCUUGUAUUUGAUUGAAUAAACUCAUCAACUUUCUUCAGUUUGUUUUCAGUACUGAACCUGAUAAAGAGUUUUUAAAAAGCAGUCCAAAAUCAUUGGCUUAAUAAUACUCAGCAAAGAUACUUUGAGAAAUUGUAAUAAAUGGUGUGAUUUGUAAAGGACAGUGAACUGUGAAUGGUAAUAAAAAUAAAAAAUCCACAACAGGAUCUUGCGUCCUCUAUUUGAAUUGUUUGUAACUUUUUUCUGGAUACUUUUCAUCAUCUUUACUGUAAGUUACAAAACUGAUAAAAUCUAAAAUAAAAGAUUUUAACCUUU